UAAGCACUAAAAUCCGAAAAUUUUAAAAUGUAAAAUUUCCAUUUAUUAAGCACCGAAUCCGAUUUUUUUUUUCUUUUUUUCAUAACACACUUAACAAUUCCUCUCUCUCUCUCUCUCUCUUGUCAGAAUAAAGAAAAAAAGAAGACGAUUUUUUUUUCGUAGAGGUGAAGGGUUUUGAGGGCCUAUAUGUCCCUCAAUCAAUCAAGGUUUGAUAAAAACGAGUCGCAGUUUAGAAAGCCAGGUGGUGGACGAUCUGGUUCUAAUCCUGCUGGUCAGCAAAGGAAUUUUUCGGGUGGUCGUGGACGAGGCGGUGUUGGCGCCCCAACCACUUCCACCGCUCCGCUGAUUUCCAAUAAUCGGAGUUAUAAGAAGGUUGUCAAUGCUCAAGGUGGGCAGUCUCGAGGAAAUGCUGGACCUGUGAAUACAUCAUCAGAUUUAAAUGCUGCUACUGGUUUGCGUUCCGUGGAGAAUGCUGGCCAUGUACAAUCUACAUUACAAGCAGUGCCAAAUGCUCCUACUCCAGCUGUCAUUCCCAAACCUGCUGAUCCAGCUUCUCAGAAGCCUAGCUGGCCACUACCAAAGGCUCCUCCUUCUCAAUCGUCCUCCAUGAAUUCAGGCUCUGCAAUGCCUUCCACCCCAUCAAAGGGUGGUGGAGCAAAGGGGUUUCCUUUACAAUUUGGAUCCAUAAGUCCAGGUUUAAUGAAUGGCAUGCAGGUGCCUGCUCGAACUAGCUCAGCUCCGCCUAAUUUGGAUGAGCAAAAGCGUAAUCAGGCUCGGCGUGAUGCUUCAAGGGCCAUCCCAGCAAUUCCAUUACCAUCUGCUCCCAAGCAGGAAUUGCCCAAAAAGGAUGUUUCAGUUGCUGACACCCCUAUUUCUCAAGAGACUAAUUUUAAGUCCAAAAAAGAUGUGCAAGUGGCAUCUAUAUCUCCUUCAACACAAUCACAGAAGCCUUCUGCUCCUCCUACAGUAGGGAUAUCUCAACCAAAGCCUUUUCAUCAGCCCACUGUUUCCAUGCAGUUUGGUGGACCUAAUCCGCAAUUUCAGUCUCAAGGCAUGCCAACUAGUUCGCUUCCAAUGCCAAUGCAGAUGCAAUUACAGAUGGGAAACCCUUCCCAAGUUCCACAACAAGUUUUUCUGUCUGGUCUCCAACAUCAGCUUAUGCAAACUCCUGGAAUUAUGCAUCAUGGCCAGAAUUUGGGUUUCAGUGCACAGCUUCCACAACUUCCACAUCAAUUAGGAAAUUUGGGGAUGAAUAUAACUAAUCAGUAUAAUCAACAGCAGGCUGGUUUAUCUGGAAAUACACGCAAAACAGUAAAGAUAACUCAUCCAGAGACGCACGAGGAAUUGAGACUAGAUGGUAGAGAUGGUGGAUCAACAGCAUCACGGCCACAUCAAAUGGGGCCCUCACAGUCCCAACCAGUACCUUCUUACACUGGAGCUCAUCCCAUGGGCUACUAUUCUAACUCUUAUUCAACGGGCCCCCAAUUUUUUGCAGCCCAAAAUUCAUUGCCUUUGACAAGUGCACAGUUAAAUGCUAGCCCCCAGGGACCCAGGUUUAACUAUUCUGUUAGCCAGGCACCUCCAAAUAUGCCAUAUAUCAACCAAUAUACAGCUAAUUCCUAUUCCGUCAAUAGAGGGGCUUCAGUGCAUGGCACUCCUGAUGCUUUCAGUUUAGAUCAUGUACGAGAUGCUCAGACUGUGGUUCCUUCAUCGCAAUCUACUUCAGUCCCUGUGACUGUGAAACCUGCUUCUGGGGAUAAGGCUAUAAAGUCAACUGCUAAUGUAAGACCUGAGCAGGCUAAAGGUGAGAACCAAGUUGUGAAGCCGAAGCCAACUGCUGUCCAUUCAAAACAUUCUGUUGAUAUGCCAGCUUCUGUUGUAGCUGACAGCUCAAGUCAAGUAGCAGCAUCUACUGUUCCUGGCUUGGUUUCCAGAGAAGAAUCAUCAGCUAUUACGCAACCAAAUGUUGCAAAGAGGGAAGUUGUUGUCAAGUCUGUGUCUGUAGGGGAUGUUGAAAAGCAACACCCGGACAAGAAGGGAUUGUCUGAAUUGUCACACCAGGUUGAGGAGCAUUCUGAUUCCAGAGUGUGUCAGGAGCUUGCUGAUUCUUCUGAGGCUAUGGCUUUUGAAUACUCAAAAGCUAAAAAUACUCAUUUAUCAGGCUCUAAGGUGGUUGUAUCAGAAGCUGUUCAGACAUCCCCUGUAAUUGCUUCUGCUGCACCAACUGAUGUUGAUGCUGUUGAUGUUGGUUCUGAAAGCUCAUCUCAUCCAUCUGAAGUUCAUGAAACCCAUUGUGCUGUAGAUAAGGCAGCUAAAGAACAGAAUACAAAACAAAGUGAUCUUCCUUCAGAGAAAACCACAGAAAAAUCUCCAGAUGGAAAACUAGAAGGGGAUAAUGAUUUAAGAGAGACUGUGAUCGCAGAUACUGCCAAAGAGAAUGAUCAAGAUGCACAAUCAAAGAAUGUUGAUCAUGCGAAAGGUUUGUCGGAUGCAUCUCAGCAAGGGGCUGAUGCAAGCUUUUGUGAUGAAGCUGCUACAAUGUCCACAGAAAAGUCUUCUUCUGUUGUAUCUGAUGGAUGUAGCAUCUCAGAUUCAAGCAUUUUGUCAGGAGCCACAGACAGUGUCAGUUGCAAAAGUAACGAUGUUUCUAAAUCUGGUAUGUCAGAUAAGGAGACCAUCUCUGUUUCUGAGAAUCUUGUAGAUGCACAUUUAGAGAAUGAAGGGGAAGUUGUGGAUAGCCCAAGACCGAAUUCAUCAUCAGGUACUUUUUCGGGCUCUUCCAAAACUUCUGUAGAACCAAAUAAAAUGAAUCGAGGCAAAAAGAAGCGGAAGGAAAUGCUUCAGAAGGCAGAUGCUCAGGGGACAACUUCUGAUCUUUACAUGGCUUAUAAGGGACCAGAGGAAAUGAAAGAGACUGGUGUUGCUGCAGAAUUUACAUCUGCGGUCAAUACGAUGGAGGUAUGUAGUGAUGAAAAGCUGGAAGAGAGUAGAGGUGUAGACAAGGAUGAGCAGAGUAAAACUGAACCUGAUGAUUGGGAAGAUGCUGCUGAAAUUUCUGCCCCAAAAUUGGACUCCUCAGUUAAGGGUGAUAGUGGAGGCUCAGUUCAUGAUGAAGAUGGAGUCACAUUAAAAAAGUAUACUAGAGAUUUCCUCCUUACCUUCUCUGAUAAAUGUACUGAUCUUCCAGAAGGAUUUGAAACUACUUCUGAUAUGGUUGCCUUAAUGUCUGGAAAUAUCAAUGUUUCUCGUAGUGAUCAAGAAUAUCCUAGUCCUGGAAGAAUCAUAGAUAGGCCAACUGGAGCUGCCCGGUCUGAUCGGCGUGGGGGUGGGAUGGGGAUGAUGGAUGCUGAUAGGUGGAAUAAACAGUCCGGUCCUUUUCUCCCUGUUCGGGAUCCUGGGAUAGAUCUUGCUUAUGCAACCAGUAGCAUGGGAUAUCGUGGUGGUCCAGUGCCUAACUAUGGCGUGCUCAGGAACCCGCGGCCGCCAGGUCCGGUUCCACAUGCCGGGGGGAUCUUGUCUGGUCCAAUGCAUUCGUUGGGCUAUCAGGGAAUGCAAAAAAAUAACUCUGAUGCUGAUCGUUGGCAAAGAGGUGGAAACUUCAAUAAAGGUUUGAUGCCUUCUCCUCAGGGACCUUCCCCUGUGAUGCACAAAGCUGAGAAAAAGUAUGAGAUAGGUAAAAUAUCUGAUGAAGAAGAGGUGAAGCAGAGGAAGUUAAAGGGUAUACUGAAUAAAUUGACUCCACAGAACUUUGACAAACUGUUCGAGCAAGUUAAAGAAGUUAAUAUUGACAAUGAUGUGACUCUGAAUGGAGUGAUCUCUCAGAUCUUUGACAAGGCUUUAAUGGAGCCCACAUUUUGUGAAAUGUAUGCAAAUUUCUGCCAACAUCUUGCCUCUGAACUGCCAGAAUUAAGUGUUGAAAAUGAGAAGAUCACCUUCAGGAGAUUGUUACUGAACAAGUGCCAAGAGGAAUUUGAGAGGGGAGAAAGAGAAGAACAAGAAGCCAAUAAGGCUGAUAAUGAAGGUGCAGAUGAGCCUAAACAAUCCGAAGAGGUAAGAGAAGAGAUGAGACUGAAAGCUAGGAGACGUAUGUUGGGCAAUAUAAGAUUGAUUGGGGAGUUGUACAAGAAGAAAAUGUUGACUGAAAGAAUAAUGCAUGAGUGUAUAAAGAAGUUGUUAGGUGAAUAUGAAAAUCCAGAUGAAGAAAACAUUGAGGCCUUGUGCAAAUUGAUGAGCACAAUUGGGGAGAUGAUUGAUCAUCACAAAGCCAAGGAGCAUAUGGAUGCCUAUUUUGAUAUCAUGGGUCAAUUAUCAAACAAUAUGAAGUUGUCUUCUAGGUUAAGAUUUAUGUUGAGGGAUGCUAUUGAUCUAAGGAAGAAUAAUUGGCAACAGAGAAGGAAGAUUGAAGGACCUAAGAAGAUUGAGGAAGUGCAUCGUGAUGCUGCUCAAGAAAGGCAAGGACAAGCAGGCCGUUUAAGUCGUGGUCCCAGUAUGAAUUCUGCAGUGAGAAGGGGCCAACCUAUGGAGUUUGGUUCUCGGGGAACUAUGUUAUCUUCUCCGAUUGGGCAGAGUGCCGGUUUCAGAGGUAUGCCUGCUCAGGUUCGUGGGUAUGGUGGACAUGAUGUUCGGAUAGAUGAAAGGAGCACUUAUGAAAGCCGUACCCUUUCAAUGCCAUUGCCUCAGAGGCAAUCAAGUGAUGAAUCUAUUACUUUGGGACCCCAAGGUGGGCUGGCUAGGGGGAUGGUAUAUAGAGGGCCACCAAGUGCGUCAAGUUCACCUUUGUUAGAUAAUACUCCUUCCUAUGGUGAUUCUAGAAGAAUGCUAGGUGGUUUGAAUGGCUACAAUAAUGUGUCAGAGCGUGGAGUGUAUGGCUCAAGGGAACAUCACCUUGCGAGGAAUGCUUCUGAUAGAUUUGCCACUUCUAUUGCAUAUAAUCAGUCUAAUAGUCAAGAGGUUAAUGCAAACAGGGAGUCCAGAUACUCUGAUCGGAAUUCAGACCAGCCUAGGCCAAUAACCCCACCUGCACCACGGGCUGCCCCGGGUCACGAUAUUGUUUCGGAAGGAGUAUGGCCUGAGGAGCGCUUAAGAGACAAGUCUAUUGCAGCAAUAAGGGAGUACUACAGUGCCAAAGAUGAGAAAGAAGUUGCUCAUUGCAUUAGAGAAUUGAAUGCGCCAGGAUUUUUACCUACAAUGAUAUCUAUUUGGGUCACUGAUUCUUUGGAGAGGAAAGACUUGGAGCGGGAUAUGCUUUCAAAGCUGCUUGUCAACCUUACAAGAACUCAAGAAGGCAUAUUUAGCCCUGGCCUGCUCGUUGAAGGGUUUAAAUCUGUAUUGAGCGAGUUGGAGGACACUGUCACUGAUGCCCCCAAAGCACCGGAAUUCCUUGGACGAAUAUUUGCUCGUAUUAUAAUAGAAAAUGUAAUACCCUUGAAAGAUGUCAGUCAGAUAGUGCGCGAUGGUGGGGAGGAUGGUAGUCUUCUGGAAGCAGGGUUGGCAGCUGACAUUAUUGGGAGUGUGCUGGAAAUGAUCAAAUCCGAACAAGGAGAAUCUGUAAUGAAUGAGAUUCGAGCUAGCUCCAAUAUGCGUUUAGAGGAUUUUCGACCCCCAGAACCAAUUAGAUCACGUAAAUUAGAGAUGUUUAUUUAGGGAUGUUGAUUAAAUUUAAAUGUUUGUGCUUAGAAAAUUGAACUGUUAUCAUUCGAGGCACAGUCAUAAAAGAGUAGUGAAAAUUUCUGACAUUUUUAUGGGCGGAAUGGAAGUUAAUAUGUGGCAAUUCUUAAUUGCAAUUUCAAUAUGUUAUUUCUGUAAGCCAAUUUUUGUUUAGCAAUACGAUAUCUGUCUUUGGUCU